CUCCAUCCAAAUUCAUGAUGAAUUAAUCCCUCAAUUCACAAUCCCUUACUAUAAUCCCCUUUUCAGUUGGUUUCCUCCACGCAAAGGAAUUAAGUUGUCUUCAUAAAAAAAAAAACUCUUGUUUUCUUGUUCUACACAUUUUGCAAACUUACCAAAACACUUUCCUUUUUCCUUCGUGAAUAGCCCUUUUCACUUUCACAUCUGAUUUUACUCUCCAAACCCCUUUUUUCUUCGCCUCUUCAUUUCCUCGGUUACUCGCUUUAAUCAAGUUUCUGCGGACGAUAUAAGAAAAAAGGGGGACGAUGAACCAGCCUCAAAACGCAAGAAACUAUCCUCUGAAGAAUUGAGCCAUCUUUCAAACAGUUCAACUCUUAAAGAACCUAUAGUUGGGUCUUCAAGGGACUUGAUGGCUCGGCCCCUGCAGUCUGAAGGGGGCGAAGAAGUUGUUGGCUCAAAAGGAGUUAUAAAGAAAGUAGAGUUUGUCCGAAUAAUAGAAAAAGCAUUGUACUCACUUGGUUAUAUAAAGAGUGGUGCUCAUUUAGAGGAAGAAUCAGGGAUAGCGUUGCAUUCUUCUAUCGUUAAUGUGUUUAUGCAGCAAAUUCUUGAGGGAGAUUUGGAUGAAAGUGUCGUCACAUUGCACAAUAUUGGGCUAACAGAUGAAAUGGCCAUAAAAUCAGCCUGUUUUCUGAUAUUGGAACAGAAGUUCUUUGAAUUUCUGGAUGAAGAAAAAGUCAUGGAUGCUCUGAAUACUCUGAGAACCGAGAUAUCACCUCUUUGUAUCAGUCACAGUAGAGUUCGUGAGCUUUCUUUGUUCCUUGUAUCACCCUCUCACUGUUUUUCUGUUCAGUCUCCAAAACAAGCUACUUCAAGACCAAGAUCCCGGAGUAAGUUAUUGGAAGAAUUACAGAAGCUGCUUCCUCCAACUGUUAUGAUUCCCGAAAGAAGGUUGGAGCAUUUAGUUGAACAGGCCCUUGUUUUGCAAAGAGAUGCUUGCAUGUUUCACAACUCAUCAGAUAAGGAAAUGUCACUAUAUGCUGAUCAUCAGUGUGCAAGAGAUCAAAUUCCUUCUUCUGCAUUGCAGAUACUACAGGCUCACACAGAUGAAGUAUGGUUCUUGCAAUUUUCUCAUAAUGGGAAAUACUUGGCUUCAUCAUCAAAUGAUUGCUCAGCAAUCAUUUGGGAGGUUGAUGCGAAUGGAGUAUCUUUAAAACAUAAACUCUCUGGUCACCUGAAACCUAUCUCUUCUGUUUCAUGGGGUCCUGAUGACCACCAGCUUCUCACUUGUGGUGUAGAGGAGGUUGUAAGGCGGUGGGACGUCUCUUCCGGUGAGUGCCUCCAUGUUUAUGAAAAAGCUGGUCUUGGCAUGGUUUCAUGUGGAUGGUCUCCAGAUGGCAAAUGGAUAUUUUCUGGUGUUAAUGAUAGGAGUAUCAGCAUGUGGGAAUUGGACGGGAAAGAGGUAGAAUGCUGGAAAGGCCAUCGCACUCUAAAAAUCUUUGAUUUGGAAAUAACAAGCGAUGGAAAGCAGAUUGUAAGUAUAUAUAGUGAAACAGCAAUAUCAUUACUUGACAGGGAAGCAAAAGUGGAGAGAUUUAUCGAAGAAGAUCAAACGAUAACUUCGUUCUCAUUAUCAAGAGACAAUAGAUUCUUACUGGUAAAUCUUUUGAACCAAGAAAUUCAUCUAUGGGACAUAGAAGGUGAUCUGAAGCUUGUCUCUAAAUAUAAAGGCCAUAAACGCACCCGCUUCAUCAUUAGGUCUUGUUUUGGUGGACUUGAGCAAGCUUUCAUUGCCAGCGGCAGUGAGGACUCACUGGUCUAUAUUUGGCAUAGGGGCACAGGAGAGCUUGUAGAAGCAUUACCGGGUCAUUCUGGAGCUGUUAAUUGUGUCAGCUGGAAUCCAGCAAACCCUCACAUGUUGGCAUCGGCUAGUGAUGAUCGCACGAUUUGGGUAUGGGGCUUGAAUAAUCUAAGCGCCAAGCGGAAAGACACUCGUAGUAAUGGCAUUCAUCAUUGCAAUGGAAGUAGCUGAGAUUAGUAAUGGCAUCCAUCAUUGCAAUGGAAGUAGCUGAGAUUGAAUGUUUGGUCUCCAAUCAUUCAUGCCUGAUGUAAUUGAUUUCAUGUAAAUACUUGACCUUGGUGAAUGCCUGACAUUCAUACAAAAAAAGAUUGUCAACAAUGCUGCAACUUUCUGAUAAUAAAUUUGCUAUAUUUCUUUUUAGCAUUUAAAUAAUUUGAUUACUGUUUUACAGUAAAAUUUGGAGCUUGCUUGC